AUAAACUGUCAUCAGUAUGCGCACGUAGUGAGAAGGACCUCUAGCUAGAGAGCAAUGCACGUGAGUGUGUCGGUUAUUAGAGGCUUGAGAAAAUGUAAUGUCGCGUCUUUCUUCACGUUCGGACAAACAGGAGUUACAACAAUACUUUGCAACUUUAUUUCGUUUAAAAGCUUUAAUUUCACUCUGUGUUCUCCACGGUGUCCACAGAGCAGCUCGACGAUGGAGCAGUCAGCUGUCGUAGAGGUAAACAGUCCGGAGUCUGAGGAGAAAACCACCACCAAAGAGGUGACAGAAAGUGGAAAAAGAAAGAGCGAAGAGACGGGCGAUGCUGAGAAAAAGGGCCGAGGCAAGAAGCGGAGAGGAGCCGGUGGAAAGAAGCUCCGUCCGGGCGAGAGAUACGUCCCCCCUCCGCAGAAACGGAACCCCGGUGUCAGCUUCUGCAAGGAGCAUUUCGACGAGACCGACUACUACUUUGACGGUGGUCUUCGUAAAGUCCGUCCGUACUACUUUGACUUCAAAACGUACUGCAAAGGGCGGUGGAUUGGGAAGAGCCUUCUGGAGGUGUUUAAGCAUGAGUUCAGAGCGGAGACCAUGGAGUAUUACCACAGGGCUGCCAAAGAGGGCCGCAUCCGGCUGAACGACACACCUGUGGAGGACCUGUCUGUGGUGCUCAGGAACAAUGACCUCAUGAAGAACACGGUGCACCGCCAUGAGCCCCCUGUGGUUGGCAGACCUCUGGAGGUUCUGGUGGACGACGGUGAAGUGCUCGUGAUCGACAAGCCUGCCUCUAUCCCGGUCCACCCCUGCGGGCGUUUCCGCCACAACACAGUGAUCUUCAUCCUGGGGAAGGAGCGGGGCAUCUCUGAGCUCCACACAGUGCACAGGCUGGACAGGCUGACCUCUGGAGUGCUGAUGUUUGCCAGGACACUGGAAACGUCUCAGAAACUGGACAAGUUGGUGAGAGACAGACAGGUUGAAAAGGAGUAUGUGUGCAGGGUAGAGGGGGAUUUUCCAGAUGGUGAGUUGGUCUGUGAGGAGCCCAUCCUGGUGGUUUCCUUUAAAGUCGGCCUCUGCAGAGUCGACCCAAAAGGGAAAGAGAGCAGAACCGUCUUCCAGAGGCUGAGCUUUAACGGGAAAACAAGCGUUGUCCGCUGUUUACCGCUGACCGGCCGCACACACCAGAUCAGAGUCCACCUCCAGUACCUGGGCUUCCCCAUCCUCAAUGAUCCCAUCUAUGGGUCCUCCGCCUGGGGUCCUCACAGGGGGAAGGGGGGACAGGUGGACAAGAGUAAUGAGGAGCUGCUGCAGGCUCUGGUAGAGGAACAUCGCUCUCAGGAAAGUCUUCUCCUUCUGGAUAUACCUGACGAUGCGGUUGGGAUUGAACAAGAAUCGGAAAAAGCCAAGACAUCUGAGAAGGUAGAAACAUCAGAUGGCACCUCUGAACUUCACACAAGUGGAGAGAUUCAUCAGAGCGACACUCAGGGGCCGACAGGUUGUAGCUCAGGCAGUGAGACGGUGGAUAAGGUGAGUCAGAUCUGCACAGACCCAAACGCUAAUAACACCUCACUUGAGUCCGAAGCUGACAAAUCAACUGGAAAUCUAACAAAAGCAACAACUCAACCAGAAACUAGAGAUAACCUGUGCUCUGAAUGUAAGCUGGAUCGAGCAGAUCCCACAGAGAAGGAGCUCAUCAUGUAUCUGCACGCUCUACGCUACAAAGGACCUGACUUUGAAUAUUCUACACGUUCACCUGAUUGGGCCAAAGAGGACUGGGUCGAGACUGAAUGGAGCUUACCUGAUGCUGACUGAUGAUGGCCUUGUUGGUGUUUAUGUCACUGCCUUAAUGCCUUUUUUUCAGACCUUAAAAGCCUGACUAGAUGUAUUUAGUUUUGCUCCGAGGCAUUUUGAUUUGUCUUUUAUGAUAAUGCCAAUUUAUUUCUAGGGUAUUCCUAAUGCACAAAUAUGUUUUUCUUUUGACUCUAGGCUGUUUUAGCUUUAAACAAAGAGGAUUUGGAUUCUUACUUAUUUUACGUUUUAAUAUCAUUUCAUCCUACAAACCUGUAAUGUGCCCAAUAAUUGAACCAAGAUUUGAAAUAAAUCAAAAGCCAGUCUGCAGGAAAAUAAA